CCAGACGGGGUGGUUUGAGUAUCUCGGAAACUGCUGAUCUCCUGGGAUUUUCACACACAACAGUCUCUAGAGUUUACAGAGAGUGGUGUGAAAAACAAAAAAAAAAUCCAGUGAGUGACAGUUCAGUGGGCAAAAAUUCCUUGUUAAUGCGAGAGGUCAGAGGAGAAUGGCUGGACUGAUUCAAGCAGGAAGGCAACAGCAACUCAAAUAACCACAGUUUGCAACAGUGAUGUAUCUGAACACACAACACGUUCAGCCUUGAAGUGGAUGGGCUACAGCAGUAGGACACCACAAACGUACGCUCAGUGGCUACUUUAUGAGGUACAGGAGGUAUCUAAUAAAGUGGGCAUUGGGUGUAUUUCCAAAUCAGGAUGAGUGGCUUGGAGGGCAACCUCCGGUGGGUGGUGCUCCCCACACGUUUGCUGGCUUUGUAAGGUGCUGUCUGAUGAGACCUGGUGACGCAGCGCAUCCCGAGAGCUGUAGAAGUUGCUGCCGCCCUGUGUCACGUGUUGUGAGUGAAUCAUUGUGGAUGGUGUGUCUUUAAGCAUGGCUGCUCCAUCCCGUUCUGGUUGUGGAUGGGGCGCCGAUAAACAGAGAUGCUCUGUCCUGCAUGGUGCCAAGCUUUUUAAGUAUUGUAUGUAUCUGGCCAAGUGGUGGGCAUUCCAUCACACUCCUGACUUGCUGUAAGAUCUUAUUAUUGAGUACUGGCAACUCCGAAAUGUGCGUCGAUAUCCUAGCGUUCAUUUUCAUGCUCAGUGUACGGGGAGGAGAGGAUUAGGCUUUGCAGGCUGACCACAGUAGUUCUUGAUGUCACUGGAUGUAGUACAGUUUAAAAAGUUGUGGUGAUUGUGUCUCGCUACACUGUGGGUUAGUAGCAUUGCUUUGUGAACCAUUUAGUUUUCCACUGUUUGUGUUAUGGUGCAGCUCGUGUGAAACAACUGUUUAUGCUAUUGACCACUCAGAUUACUCUGCCUUUAACAGAUAAACAUCCAUUUAUGCAACAUCUUCUACAUUGCUUUUGUUGUGACAUGAAAAAAGUCACUGGAGAGACUUACACCUAUGCUCGGUCUGCCAGAGAAAGCAGGAUCUCCCAGUGGCCACACAUUUUAAUUCCACGUCCCAUUCCCAUUCUGAUAUGCCUAUCCAUGGCCUCCCCUAUUGUCAAAAUGAAUCCAAACUCAGGUUGGAGGAACAACACCUUAUAUACCGGCUGGGUAGCCUCCAACCUGAUGGCAUGAACAUUGACUUCUCUAACUUCCGUUAAUGCCCCUCCUCCCCUUCUUACCCCAUCCCUGACAUAUUUAGUUGUUUGUUCUUUUCUCUCUCUCUGCCCAUCACUCUGCCGGUUCUCCAUCUCCCUCUGGUGCUCCCCAUCCCUUUCUUUCUCCCGAGGCCUCCCGUCCCAUGAUCCUUUCCCUUCUCCAGCUCUGUAUCACUUUCGCCAAUCACCUUUCCAGCUCUUAGCUUCAUCCCACCCCCUCCGGUCUUCUCCUAUCAUUUCACAUUUCCCCCUUCCCUUCCUACUUUUAAAUCUCUUAGUACCUUUCCUUUCAGUGAGUCCUGAUGAAGGGUCUCAGCUUGAAAUGUCGACAUUUUGUGUGUGUUGUUCAAAUUUCCAGCAUCUGCAGAUUCCCUUGUGUUUACCCUCAGAUCCCUCUUAAACCUUUCCCCUCCCCCUAAACCAAUGCCCUACUAGUUUUCCCUACCCUGAGCACUCCCUACCUUUUGAGGAACAUUGGGUGAUAAAAUGACAUUUUUUGGCUCUAAUUCUGUUCUGUAUUGUAAAAAUCGUACGUAAUUGAUGUUCCUCAUGUGAUUGCUGGUUAUAUUUACUUAUUUAGAGAUACAGCGCAGAACAGGCCUUGCCAGCCAUUUGAGCCACACUGCUAGUAACCCACCAAUUUAACUCUAGUCACAGGACAGUUUACAAUAACCAACUAACCUACUAACCAGUACAUCUUUGUACAGUGGGAGGAAACCAGAGUAUCCGCAGGAAAUCCACGUGCUCACGGGGAGGAUGUACAAACUCCUUACAGAGAGCUCUCGAACUGAACUCUGAACUCUGACACCCUGAGCUGUAAUAGUGUUGCGCUAACUGCUACAAUACUAUGGAGCCUAGACACAUAACAUAUGAUGCGUGAUGCUGCUACCAAGACCAUGGAAAGUUUCCUUCUCUUCCUUCUGGUGGCUGAGGGGGCAGUAGCGUCAUAUCGACCAGAAGGUCGCCCUCCCUGUGCAACCAUAGAGUCGGAAGCACGAUGUCAGAAUAAGUCCCUUAACGCAAUCCCUCUGGACCUGCCUCAAGACAUAUGGAAGCUGGAUUUAUCUGUUAACCACAUCCAAAUGCUAACCUUGCACAAUUUGACUCAGUACCCCUCCAUCCAGCACCUGGACUUGGAGUCCAACGAACUGGAGUUUAUUGAGCCUGGAUCAUUUGCCUCUCUACUACACCUUAAGGAGCUUAACCUUGCAAACAACCUCUUGGACCUGAGCAAAGAUGGACUUGGGAGACUGCCGCAUGUUGAAAGGCUGGACUUGUCUGGAAACAGUUUGUACACUGGUGUUGUCGAGGGUUUCCUAAAGGAGGCACCUUCGCUUGAGCAGGUAUCCUUGGCCAGGAACAGCAUCACCAAACUCUCAGACCAUACGUUUCAAGGGAACCCGUUGCUGAAACAUAUAAACUUACAGCACAACAUCAUCAUCAAGAUAGAAUCGGGGGCGUUUCAGUCACUUUCCAAUCUGGUUGCCCUCGAUCUCGCCAUGAACUCCAUCCCCUGCAUCACCGAGUUCGACCUCAAAAACCUUCAAGUCUUGAACUUGAGUAGAAACAGCAUCGAGCUUUUCACCAUGAAGGAACCUGGUGUAGAGUAUCAACUUCGGUGGCUGGACCUCAGCGAUAACAACCUGCCCUAUUUUCCCACCUUCCCCAAGAAAAACCACCUCAGGCACCUCGACCUGUCACGCAAUUGCAUCCAAGGGUUUUCCCUAGACGCCGUUAGUCACAGGAUGAACCAUCUAGCAGAGAGGCUGGACCACAAUGCCAAGGCUAACCAAAGCUGGACCACCCCAACUGCUCACCUGUCCGAUCUGGUAUACCUGGACCUGAGCUACAAUGAGAUAACCUCCAUCCCGUGGGAUCUCUUCCGGAGUAUGAAGUCCCUGAGGUUCCUCAACCUGAGCAAGAACUGCCUCCAAAGCUUUGUGGUAGAUGAGAUGAAUGUAUUGAACUCUCUGGUGAGACUGGACCUGAGCUCCAAUGCCCUGCAGAACCUCUUGCUCUCCAGCAGAGGCUUCCACCAUCUGAAAUACCUCUACCUUCAGGACAACUACCUUCAAAGUCUUCCUUCCAAUAUCUUUAGCAGCCUCUCCAGCAUCCAGAUCCUUAGCCUUCAAAACAACAAUAUCAGUGUGUGUCAGGGGAUUCCCAGGUAUGAAAGCCCCACCGAUGACUGCAUGUUCUUCUCUGAGAUCACAACGCUUCGGUAUUUAUAUCUGCACAACAACAACAUUAAAUAUUUGCCACCUCACGCAUUUCAUCAGACUCCUCUUUCCGAGUUAGAUCUGUCUCUGAAUCCUGGGAUCCAUAUCCACCCUGAGGGAUUUUCUGGUUUGGAAUUUCCCCUGACGUACUUGUCCUUGGGAGGCAAUGGUCUCUCUUCACUCAGCAUGAACCUGUCGCACUUUAACAACCUCAGAACGCUGGAUGUGUCCAACAACCGCCUGAGGGAGUUCCUGGUCACCACCAGGAACCUCUCUUUGGAGCACGUGGACUUGCGCAACAACACGUUGGACAGCUUGCAAGAGACGUCCAUGGAGGUGCUGAACGGGACGCUGAGGACCUUGCAGCUCUCGGGGAACCCGUUCAACUGCUGCCAGGCCACCUGGGUCAGGUGGCUGGCCCAGGUCGACGUGCUGGACAAGUGCUCGGUCUUGUGCUAUUACCCAACCGUCAACGGGCACUCGCAGGCGCACCUGUUCACCGCUCAGCCCGGUCUCUGCCAGGAGCUGCCACUGGACUGGACAAACUGGGGCAUCUUAAUGCUCAUCUUAGUGACUGCGCUCUUGGGGUUUGCCACACUUCUCGGCUGUUGCCUGGCACACAGGCAGCGAGUCAACAAAAUGUUUGUACACCAUGUAAAAGCUUAGCCGACUGAUGUAAUUCUUUGUUGAUAUGUAAAUGAAAUGGAAUGAGGUGAAUAAAUCUAUAUAUAGU